ACGGAUAGGCUAGGUGACUGGCACUGCUGGAUCCUGCCUGGGAUUGCAUCCCUUCCCCACAGCACCUUCCCCUUUCUCUUGCCAAGACCCUGGUACCAGGAAGCCCCUGAAGAAGAUGCCUAUCCAGAUCUUCUGCUCUGUGUCAUUCUCCUCUGGAGAGGAGGCUCCAGGGCCCUUGGGAGAUGUUUGGGGUCCCCGCCAGCGGCAGCAACGGGAUAACUCAGAAUCCAACGAGGAAGAAGAAGAGGAGAAGGAAAAGGAGACAGCGAAGGCGGAGGCCAGUGAGGGGGAUUUGCCUGUGGACUUGGUGGCCUUUGCCAAGAGCUGCACACUCCAUGGUGCCAGCCACGUCUUUGUGGAAGGGGGUCUAGGGCCUAGGCAGGCCCUAUGGGCAGUGGCCUUUGUCCUGGCACUGGGUGCCUUCCUGUGCCAGGUAGGCGACCGUGUUGCUUAUUACCUCAGCUACCCACACGUGACUCUGCUAGAUGAGGUGGCCACCACGGAGCUGGCCUUCCCGGCGGUCACCCUGUGCAACACUAAUGCUGUGCGGCUGUCUCAGCUCAGCUACCCCGACUUGCUCUACCUGGCUCCCAUGCUGGGGCUGGAUGAAAGUGAUGACCCUGGGGUGCCCCUUGCCCCACCGGGGCCUGAGGCCUUCUCUGGGGAGCCUUUUAACCUGCAUCGGUUCUACAAUCGCUCCUGCCACCGGCUGGAGGACAUGCUGCUCUAUUGCUCCUACUGCGGGGGGCCCUGCGGCCCUCAUAACUUCUCGGUGGUCUUCACGCGGUAUGGGAAGUGCUACACGUUCAACUCCGGCCGAGAUGGGCGGCCACGGCUGAAGACCAUGAAGGGUGGAACAGGCAAUGGGCUGGAAAUCAUGCUGGACAUCCAGCAGGACGAGUACCUGCCUGUGUGGGGGGAGACUGAUGAGACGUCCUUUGAGGCGGGCAUCAAAGUACAGAUCCAUAGUCAGGAUGAACCUCCUUUCAUCGACCAGCUGGGGUUUGGUGUGGCUCCAGGGUUCCAGACCUUCGUGGCCUGCCAGGAGCAGCGGCUCAUCUAUCUGCCCCCACCUUGGGGCACCUGCAAAGCUGUUACCAUGGACUCGGAUUUCUUCGACUCCUACAGCAUCACCGCCUGCCGCAUUGACUGUGAGACGCGCUACCUGGUGGAGAAUUGCAACUGCCGUAUGGUACACAUGCCAGGGGAUGCCCCAUACUGCACUCCAGAGCAGUAUAAGGAGUGUGCAGAUCCUGCUCUGGAUUUCCUGGUGGAAAAGGACCAGGAGUACUGCGUGUGCGAAAUGCCCUGCAACCUGACCCGCUACGGCAAGGAGCUGUCCAUGGUCAAGAUCCCCAGCAAAGCUUCAGCCAAGUACCUGGCCAAAAAAUUCAACAAGUCUGAGCAGUACAUAGGGGAGAACAUCCUGGUGCUGGACAUUUUCUUUGAAGUCCUCAACUAUGAGACCAUUGAGCAGAAGAAGGCCUAUGAGAUUGCAGGGCUCCUGGGUGACAUUGGGGGCCAGAUGGGGCUGUUCAUCGGCGCCAGCAUCCUCACGGUGCUGGAGCUCUUUGACUACGCCUAUGAGGUCAUUAAGCACAAGCUGUGCCGACGAGGGAAGUGUCAGAAGGAAGCCAAAAGGAGUAGUGCCGAUAAGGGCGUGGCCCUCAGCCUGGAUGACGUCAAGAGACACAACCCGUGCGAGAGCCUCCGUGGCCAUCCUGCUGGAAUGACUUACGCUGCCAACAUCCUACCUCACCAUCCGGCCCGAGGCACGUUUGAAGACUUUACCUGCUGAGCCCUGCAGGCCACUGUACCAAAGGCCUAGAUGGGGAGGGCUAGAAGAGCAACGGGGCCUGCUGCCCCCAUCUGUCUUGGGGACUCACCCCCCACUCUAAGGGCAGCCCCCCAUUCCUAGGCAGUCCUUUCUUCUUGUCUGUG